CACAGGCUGCGUGCUGCCGCCUCCGCCGCACUUCAGCUGCGGACACAACGCAGGGAGCUUCACAGAGCUCGUGGACCGACAGAGGCGAGGAGCGCUGUAAUGUUGUGUCGCUGGGCUGUGGCGUCUGAGCAACACUUUGAUGGAGUAACACCCGCUGCUGCCGGUUAAAGCUGAUCAUUUUUGGGUUUGGAAGAGAACGAGAGCGCGUGCCCACGAGGAGACUGAAAGAAAAAAAAAAAAAUGCUCUUCUAGCGCGAGCGCUGACGGGUUCGCUUCACAUAAAUUCAACUUUGGAGCCAUUAUUUGUUUCCCUUCCUUCUUGUUUCUGCUUUGGAGCCUGGAGCAACUUUUGUUUUGACCUGCUGUCCGUUUGACUCGGAGCGUGAAGAGCCGUGGACGAGAUGGAGAGCGAGAAGUACUUACCGGAGCUUCAGGCGGAGAAGGACUCGUUGGACCCGUCUUUUCUGCACUCCCUGCGGCUGCUGGAGCAAGAGAUCGAAAAAAUUCAGAGAGAUGAGGGGAAGGAGGAGGAGAAGUUCAUUGACGUCGUCAUCAACAAGAACAUGAAACUGGGCCAGAAAGUUUUAAUACCAGUCAAGCAGUUUCCUAAGUUUAACUUUGUCGGCAAGCUCCUCGGGCCACGCGGGAACUCGUUAAAGAGACUACAAGAGGACACCCUCACAAAGAUGUCGAUUCUCGGAAAGGGAUCCAUGAGAGACAAAGAGAAGGAAGAAGAGCUACGGCAGAGCGGCGAGGCCAAAUAUCACCAUCUGAACGAAGACUUACAUGUCCUCAUCGAGGUAUUCGCCCCACCAGCUGAGGCCUACGCCAGGAUGGGCCACGCUCUAGAGGAGAUCAAGAAGUUUCUCAUUCCAGACUACAAUGAUGAGAUCAGACAAGCACAGCUGCAGGAGCUCACAUACCUGAACGGCGGCUCAGAGGAUGCCAAGGUGCCAUCGGUCAGGGGCAAGUCGGCAGCCCGUGGCAGGGGGACACCUGUUCCAGGGCCUCCAAGGAGUCGUGGAGGAGUUCCACCGCUGCAUGCAGCAGUUCCUCGAGGAGCAGCGCCCCGAGGAUCUCCGCCCAGCCGGGCCCCAUCCUCCAGAGGAAGAGGGGUCCAAAGAGCCAGAGGCGCCCCGCCAGCUGCUGGCUACAGGGCAGCUCCACCCAUAGUGCAGGACACAUACGGUGAAUAUGAUUACGAUGACGGCUACGGAACCGCUUACGAUGACCAAGGGUACGAGUCUUACGACAACAGCUACAGUAAUCAAGGACAAAACUCAGAUGACUACUAUGAAUAUGGACACAGCGGGGAGUCAUAUGAGUCGUACGGUCAGGAAGAGUGGGCAAACAGUCGCAGCAAGGCUCUGUCGGCGCGGACGACCAAGGGAGCGUACAGGGAUCAGCCAUACUCCAGAUACUGAACUGUUUUUACGAGCCGCACUCCCCCUCACCCCCGAUGCCCCAUGGCGGUUUCAACCCAAGUAAUGGAUUUUUUUAUGGACGCUCCCAUCUUUUUAGAAUUGAAAACCGAUUCCGCGACGUAACACAAACACAAAACGCCGAACUGAAAGUAUUAUAACAUGAAAAUAAUGCUCUUGAUUUGGAAAAGAAAAAAACAUAAAGCAGUUUAGGUAAGCUAUCCGCCCUCUCUGCAGUAGAAUCGACAGAAAGUUAAGGCUAAAAAGAAAAAAAAAGACUCCAUAGUACAUUAAGUUUCUCUCUCAACUAUGUGAUUGUGAAGAAUGACAUUGUAUCAGGCUACUUUACUUGGUAAUGAUUAGUGAGCCACUGUAAGCUGUUGGAUACAAUGCUUCCUCACAGCUGCCAGUACAACUUAAUUUAUCACCCUCUAUUCUUUAGACCUCUGAAAUGUCAGUAGAUUAGUUUCUAGGAAAGUGCAGUACUGUAGAUACUUUCUCCUGAAGGAUAAUUGGUGAACUUUGUGUCCCCUGUAAAUGAAACAUUUGCAAACUGAAAAAAAGAAGAGAUAAGUCAUUCUGUAUACACAUUGUAUUGCUGUUUCUUCCUCUUUUUUAAUGUAAAAUAACAGUCCAGUUAGUGUUAAAGGGCUUAUAAAAGCAUGGUGUGCAACUGUGGACGUUAGCAGCUGUUUAAAGAAGCCUGUGUAGUUGUGAUCAUUGGUUUUGACCCCAAACAUCUCCUGAAGUCCAUUCAGAAAUAGCUGCGCCUGCUUUCUGUACGCUGAUCCACCGUAGCUGCCAAACGCUUCGGGAGCUUUCAAAUGUCUGCCUUUCUUUUUAGAUGCUCCUGCUGAGCAUUUGUGAUGCUCUUGGUUUUUAUGUAUUUUUUUUGAGAAUAUAAAACGUGAUACCGUGCUGGUUAGAAGUUUACAUUCCCUCAUCUUAGGCAUGAAUGUCUUCUAAACUAUGAUGAAUUUGAAUCAGUCUUUUUCUGGGGUGUAAUGAGGGUACAAACAUGAUUCUGAGGAUGCAAAAGUUUGAGUUUGUUAAUGUAUUUACUCCAAACUAGAUCAAGAGUUAUACAUUCAGGCUCAGAUGAUUACAGAUACUUCCUGUAAUUUGGUUACAUUUAGGUUUACAGGUGAUGAAGAACUUAAAUAUAUCCUGGUAGGUUUCUGGCACAUGAGCUAGUGUUACACUGGGUGCCCAUAUACACAGGCUGACCUUGUGACCUUUACUGCAUGUCUUCUUCCCUUUCUCUGCCCAUUUCCUAUUUGAUUACUACAAGUAAAGGUCACUAGUGCCACAAAAAAAAAAAAAAAACAAACAAACAAACUUGAUAGGUUUCUUUGACUGACCUGGCUUUCAAGCACCGUCCCCAAAUCUUGAAUAGGAAAAGGUCAGGGACAUGUUAGCCUACUUUAUCAGUUCCAAAAUAUGUUUUGAUGUGUGCUUGGGUUCAUUGACCUGCUGGAACAAGAAAAAAACCACAUGUAUGGGUUUUAGAGCAGCUGCUAGAUUCUAAGAUUUGUUUUCUUCACAAGGCACAAGAACAUUCUCCUUAUCUCAGCUAAUGUCUAACACCUAAGUACAAAUAUCUACUCCUGACAGUAGAUAUUUUCUAUAUAGCAAACAAGAACAAUUCAGACAUUAUCUGAUGUUCACAUUGCCAAGAUCUGAUUAGCAAACUGCAAAAAGGUUUGUGUCAUUUCCUAACGUUUGGAGAUUUGUUCUGCUGUGCUGAUUGACUCUGAUUGGUUCAGCAUAAAAAGUGUUAUCUGUGUGAUUUCAAUAGACCGGUAGAUUUGUCUUGAUUGGGGACCAAAGUUGGAACAUUUGUUCCAUUUUCAGCUAAUGAUGUUCUCUUUUACACUGUCAAACAAUCCAAACCAUUUGAAAAACCUGUUCCCCUCCUCGCCUGUGGUGGCGCUGCACCGAGAACCACUGAGCCAAACAACAUGGAAAGCUCUGAAGGAGACACUGAGCACAACUGCUUUCUCCAAGAAAUGUAAAUAAAAAUGGAGUGGAAGAUCUUAAUGGUCGUAGGAUUUCUCUUUUGUCUUUGGCAAAAGAACACAAAUUGUUUCUCCCUCAAGCGUUAGACUCACACAUUUGUUUUGGUUGUAUUUACCCAGAAUGCCCUGUGUUACGGUCCGCUCCCUGGUUUUGGAGCAGUCUCUGGCCCACUUGGCAUUCACACCAAACAGAGACCUAUGUUUGCAGGUAGACCUGAGUUUGUUUGCUUUUUUGGUCCGCAUCAGAGUUCGAUUACACAUUCCCACCUCCACAAAUGAACCCAACUUUCUGGGCAAACAAACUAGAAUUUGAUUAAUGCAGAUUAAUCAGAGGUGGUUUGAAUGCACCGUAUGUUUUAAUAAAUAAUACUGAACCAACAGAGCGCUUAGUUUUAACCAUCUGAUCAAGCAGCUCCUGUCUGAUGGAAGGAUGUUAAUUUGGAUGUUCAAGAACAUUCUGAAGCCAAUAAUGCAUUAUAAUCUGAUGGAACAUUAAUGUCUACAUUGAAGGCAGUUCUAUCAUGGACUUGUAACAAAAGAAGCACUUCACAGUUGGCCAUAUGGACAAGAAUAAGGCUGUCUGGAGAAAUGUUUGAUGGUUAAUAAGAAGUAUGUUUGAAGGACUCAAUGUAAUUCAUUCAAAUCAAAGAAACUUCACAAACUGUUUCUGUUGCAUCGUACAGAUUAUGUGGAAUAAUGACGACUAAACACUACUGACGUUCUUCAGGUUCACCUCAGCUGCUACGUGCUUGAAACCGGGUCAUAGUUGGUUGUUGGAACAGGACAAUAACCCAAACCACUAUCAAGCUUUUUAUUGGCCCCAACCUUUACUGCAUUGAAGGUGAUUUAUGAAAUGUGCUGAAAGGCCAGGGCAGGGCAGUGAGGGUGAUCAGAACGAAUUCAACCAAUUUAGGCAGAAUUAUGCCAGAAGCUUGGCAACCAAACUGUGUAGUUUCUCUUCCACUUCCCAUGACACAUUUAACCAAAUCUAAUGGGAGUGUGUGGAUAUAAUUAAGCUUUUAUGGGUAACUUUAAUCACACGUGGAUGAGGGAAAUCUAAAUUUGUGCUCCCAAUUCUUCCCAAAACUCAGUGAAGUUGCAAUUAUCCUCAUUACAACCAGACAAAAAGAUCAGGCAAAAACAAUCACAGUUACGACGUUCGUGUACAUAAUCGGUGUGUGUAAACUUUUACCAGAACCUUACCGUUACCGUUCGCCACACUUGUUUUUGAGUUUCAAUCUCAUCACCCACCUUUCCACCUAUCCUUCUGGAGAUAUGUUCAACUCUAUGGAUUGUGAGCUUAUGUAAGCCCUUUAAUAAUUCUUUCUUUGUUGAUGCUAAUAAACAUUUUGAAAGAAAACCCCUGGUGUUGAGGAGAAUAAUUCCGCACUGCUAAAUGCGCUUUAUAAUUUAAACUAAACCCAACGAAAACCCCUGAUGUUUGAAACUUUUGCACCACAGAAAAGCUCAAAAUGAACUAAAUGGAUCUUUUAUGCCUUGAUAACAUUGCAAAAGCUUAAACCGUCACAUGUUCCAGAUUUUGAAUUUAACACAAAUAUCAAGAUGGCAUGACCAGAGGUCCAAACAAACACAAAAUGGCCGCUGGCGACCUUGCAGACGGUCUUGGUCAUCUGAUAACGUUUUGCACCGAUUUGGAUUCAAGCAUUUUCAUAGCACCGUCUUCCACCGAGACGCAGAGGAUUUAAGCGAUAACAGCUCUUGAAACUCGUAUUUGCUGAUACGAUUUGCUGCGCCUGAUUGCGUCACGCAUCAUCAGUAAACGCACAAUAACGUCUGAGUGUUUACUCCCCGACAGACACGGCUCAUCUAAAGCCUGCACGACCUGCCACGUUGGCUUCAGCGCAAAAAAAAAAAAAAAAGAGGAUUGCUGGGGUAGAGUGCUCUCUCUCUUUCUUGUCUUCCUGUUUUUGCUCUUCCUGCUCAUGUGACCCUCUCCCAGUCGCUUUAAAGAUCCUGCCUUUACCCCAC